AUGCACAUGCAGCAGGACUUUCUCGUCGGAUGUUCGGGAAAAUCGAGGAAUAGUUAUUUUCUGAUGUCACAGACAGCUCUUUCGCCUCUGUCGGUCAUGAUCUUCUACGUUUUCGUCGCCAGUCCUUCAAUGGAGUUUUCCGACACCCGUUGGUGUGAACAUCUCCAGGAAUCGAAGAAUACUGUCCGCUGUUACCGUAUCGAGAGAGAAAUUAUGUGCAGUUUUCUGGGAAACAGGCAAUUAUACGGAAGAGGAACAAAUAGCAGGAUUCAACAAGAAAUUAAAAAUUGCCUCGGUAAGUAUGUCCAAAUAAUUUUCAUGAGUAGCGAUGUAUGA